CUGUUGGCCAGUUUUGCUCGAUCUCUUGUGGAAAGAAUUACUUACUGAGACAUACGCUGGAUUUUACACACUCCUUCGACCCUAUCGUGCAGUUAUAAUGCCUUCCACGCUUAUAUUCUUCUAGACCGACGACGGCAUCAAAUACAGCUUUAUCUCGGCAGGAGCAAGAGCAGAGGGACCCACCAAGGGUGAGGGGCCCAUCUUGUUGCUGAGCAGACUGCAGCCGAGUGGCGGGUCAUGGGUGCGUGUGUUCGCGUGUAGACAUGAGCGAGGACACGGACGCAGCGACGCAGCAGCACGGACAGACUUCAGAGAUCGCGCAGCAUCACCAUCCGCAGACCACUACUCUCGUCACCAUGCAGGCCGCACCCGCAGGCCAGCCCAUUGUGCCGCAAGUGUCGCCGCAGGUCGCACAGCAGCAGGGCGUCCCGCAGCCGGGGAUGCCGCAGGUGAUGCAGCAGGCGCCGCAGACGGCCCACUCGCCGCACGGGGUCACGACCUCAAUGCCCCCGCAGUCACAACAGUUCUACGUGCAAGCAUCCCUGGCGUCUGGCAUGCAGCCGGCGCCGCCCGCGAUAGCCCCGGCGCCGGGACCCCAGACGAGCACCACCACGGUGUCGGCCAUCCCCCAGCCCCUGCAGCACCACCUGGCCCCCCAGCCGCUCACGCACCCGGGGGUCUCGCCGUCGCCGAUGCCACAGUUCUCCCCCCAGGUGCAAGUGAUACAGGGUGGCAUACCUGGAGGGCCAUACUUACAGCAGUUGUACCACAAUGGCCAGGGCCAGCUGAUCAUGCCCAGCAACCUCACCCUCCAGACCGCCACGGGCAUGAACGCAACGCCCAUCCAGCCCAACACCUUGAAUGGCUUGAGUCAGCCCAUCCAAAACAUGUUGCCUCAGGUCAUUGCAACAGGGAAGCCAUUCCAAGGGCAGAUUGCUCCUCACAUGCUGACCACCGCUGGGAAGUCUGGAGUCCUGCAAACGGGUGGACAAGGUUACUCCCCCACAGCUAUACCUACAACAGCAAGUCAGACUUUAGUGAUUGGUCAGUUGCCAGUGGGUGUCAUCAGCAGUCAGCAACACAAUAUACUUCCUGCUCAUUCUUCAACCCACAAGCCUACAGACAUGCAGAAACAAGGCAUCACUUGGGCCACGCCAGGUGCCUUACACUCUCCUGCCCUCCUUACUGCUCAGAAUCAGCCUAUUUUCAUCCGUGGACCACAACAGGGACAAGAAAAUGUCUUUAUAUCUAACCCACAACCAGCUAUGCAUGUACCCAAUUCCAUGAUGCCGCCUCUAGGAUCAAUGCAGCCGGGCCCACAGAAUCAGAAGCCAAGAGCGGGGAUGGAGAUUCAGCCGAAAACACCCAACAUGCGCCCAGCAAUCCUUCCUUCCAAUUCCACACAAAUACGACAUGGUUCCUCUGUGUCGACCCAGACUGCCGGCCAACAGCUUGCCCCUGGACACAUGUCUGCACCCAGAGCACAGAAUAAGAUGCGCGGGAAGAGUGGAGCAAAUCGAACGUCCCCAGCCAUGGCGCCCACCCCACAGAUGACGGCCACUCAAGUGAAUCACAGUGUUGCAACAGCCAAUGCAGUUGCUGUGGGGACUGCCAACACUGCAACACAGAUUAUGCAGCAACCCACAGUCUCUCAGGCACCAAUGUCAACAGUGACCCCAACAUCUAUUACUGCUCCAAAUAAACUUAACACUCAGUCUGCUGCACCCAUACAAGCUAUCUCCAGUAUGACUCAGGCCAACUUCAACCAUUUCAGGCCUGGUGUCCCAAUGACCCCUCCGACAGCACCUCUCCCUCCAGUGGCACAACCCCCACCGGGCUUACCUCAGUUAGUGAGAGCCCCCCCACCCAAGCCACCUCCGACAUCAGUGGCCAUCCCUCAGGUGUCCGUGGCGCCAUCUCCUCCAGCCCUCAUUUCAAGCGUAGCAAUGCAAGGCACAACACCAGUUCAGACCUUGACGAGCCAAGCGCCAAUCACCAGCCACGCUCCAAUUCUGGCCCCAGCCGGCAUGCCUCAAAUGCAGGUCACUUCCACAGUGGCUCCAGUUACAACCUCCCUUCAGCCGCCAACGCUUGCCCCAGCCAUGGCACCAAUUUCCUCCACCCCUCCCACUCUGCAGCACAAGCAGCAGGAGGUGAAGGCAGAAAAUAGUCCAGCCAAGAAGCUUAAUACCAUGCCUCCAGUUAGUACAACUACAACAGUGACCGUGACACCUGCCACUCAAGCCCCCCCACAGCCACAGCCACCCCCAACACCUGCCCCAACACCCACUCCAACUCCAACACAAACCCCAACCUUAACUCCAAUUCAGACUCCUACUCCAACCCAGGCACAAACUCCCACCCCCACUCCUACUCCCACACAAACACCAAUGCCUACUCCAGCACCAACGCCAGCUCUUGUGCCAGCCCCAGUGGCAGCUCCUCCAACUCCAACAGUUAACGGCACACCAUCCAGUGAAAGUGGGGAAGUAAGAGAUAAGACUCCCCAGCCAACCAUGAAUGGCACUCACCCAGUCACCCCUCAGCCACCAAGCACUGGGCCACCCAAAGCCAUGGUGAAGCCUCAAGUCCUCACACAUGUUAUCGAAGGCUUUGUUAUUCAUGAAGCUUCAGAGCCAUUCCCCGUGAGUCGGUCGUCCUUGUUAACCGAGAUCUCCAAGCCACGCCCACCCAACUGCACCAACACAAUGCCAGUGGCUGCCGUCACCUCUUCGUCGGCUCAAGCUCCGAUGGGCGGACAGGCAGAGAAAGAGAACCUGCCAGAUGACGAGGCUGCCAGAAAAAAGCCUGGAGAGCACACCUCCACUUCCCCAAAAGGAGACACGGCCAAGUGUGAAUUCUGCGGAAAGACCGACUUGCGAUCCAAGUUCAAGAGAUCAAAGAGAUUCUGCAGCACGUCUUGCGCAAAGAGGUACAACGUGGGCUGCACCAAGAGAAUCGGCCUGUUCAGAAAUCCAGAGGAGUCUCCCUGCAAGCGCAUGAGGGAGGACGACAGCCUGGAGGAGCCCGACCACGCCCCCCAGCUGGAGGUGGCCGAACCGCAAGACACGGGGAGUGAGAUGGAGGUGGACGAUGGAACCACGGCCGUCGAGGGGACUCCCCUGCCCUCCGCAAAGGUGGAAGAGGAAGAUGAAUCCACAAACACAGAAUCUCCCACGAAGUCCCCCAGAGUUGACAUCCUUAGGUGGACGGUCAAGGACGUGGUCGACUUCAUACAGAACCUUCCUGGGUGUAAAGAAUACGCAGAAGACUUUGCGCUUCAGGAGAUUGAUGGCCAGGCACUAAUGUUACUGAAGGCAGAUCACCUGAUGUCUGCCAUGUCCAUGAAGCUGGGACCCGCCCUCAAAAUCUGUGCAAAGAUCGAGUCAAUGAGAGGUGACAGAAAGGAAACAUAAUGAAUGAAUCUAAAAGGGUGAAAGAGGAUGGAUCAAGAAUGAGAAAGAAGGAAAGAAAGAAAAAGAAAGAGUAUGAAGUUUCAACAAAUAUUUUGGGCCAACUUUAUGAAGUAGGAAUUUUAUUGGGGCUGUGUUGUUGUUGUUUCUCUCGUUCUUUCUUGUUUAUUCUCUCUCACUUUGUCACCACCCUUUGCCCCCUAAUUCCUUCCCUCCCUUUUCUUUCCAUGAAUUUUCCUGUUCCAAUAUUUUCCACAAAGAAAUGAAAAAAAAAUAAAAAAAAACUUUGCUCAUCUGUCAGAUCAACUUCCAAGUAAACCAUAAGAAAAUAAAUUUUUAAAACUGUUGUUUUAAAUAUCGGAACCCAUAUCUAGUGUACAUAUAAUAGUACUUACGGGGAAAGUGAGGAGUGAAAACCGAGUUAACGUAUAAUCGUCUAAACCCUGACUGUGACAUUCUUUGCACUGCCGUUUGUAGGUUAAGGUAUUUUUCACCAACUGAGCGUUUAGAAUUUGAAUGUAAUGUGUUUUUCUAUAGGUGAAUGUGGAUAAGAUAUGUGGAGCUUAUAUCGAGUGUACAAGUGGGAGACAAACUUCUUUUUUGUUUUUACCUUAAUUUAUUUGGGAAUGGCCAACUACUGACCACAGCAGAAUUGUACAGACAGUAGUUGCGUCAGGUUAGGGUAAACCAACCAGUGGAGUGGUGCUUGUAUAUUUUCUAAAUAUGGAUCUCAUUAACAUCCUAAUUAAUUAGUCCUAUGAAUAGUGUGCAAUCAUGACAAAAAUGUCAACGUAUGGAUGGGCUGUCUGGUUUCCGGCCAUAACAUGCCAGUUCUCGCAACCAAGGCUCAAGCAACAAGCAAAAAUUUGUAGACUGGGAGGCAGUUGUGAUCAAGUAGUUUGGUCUAAGAAAAGAAAAAAAAAAAAAAAAAAAAAACUUUUUUGGGAAGACUAUUCAGCUUUAUGAUAUUCGGUCUUAUUUCACUGGUACCUUUUUUUUCUUUUUUUUUUUUAAGUCAUCAUUCUUAUUACAUAUAAUUUGUAUUUAUCCCUUCUUUUUUUUCUCUCUCUUUUUAUUCAAGCUGAAGUGCACUAUAUGUAUAUUUCACGUGCUUUUAAAAGUUUUUCCUCGUCAGUUACCUGUUCUCCAUGAUGGGAUAUUAGGAGUAUAAAUGUAGUGGCACCUUGUAAAGAGAAACUCCUUGGUUGCUUCAUUUAUGCAAAAGCACGUAGACAAGCAGCUCCUCCCGCUAACAAGGAGGGGGGGGGAGUUCUUGCAAACUGUAUGUUGUUUCCAAAAACUUGAUUCCUAUAUGUUAUGUUUUUUGUGUGUUUGUACAGCAGAAUGUUUUUGUAAAUUGAUAGAUUUAGAUAUUUAUGGUUGUUGCACUGCCUGUGACACUCCAUUUUGUCAUAUCUUAUAUGAAUAAAACACAUGUAAAGAUA